GGAAGGAUUUCACAGGAACACCACUCGACUCUCAAGGAUGGUUCUCUGUGCAGUGAGACGACAUCUCCUGAGGAACAGUAGUAACGGUGGAGUCUGGGUCAGACUGCUGCAGAGACAGAGCAGUGGCUGUGUUUACUCCAGCAUCCAUGGCUUCAACCAGGAGGAGAUCACAGAGAAGCUACAGGCCUUUGCAGGAGGCUCCAUCGAUCUGCAUAAACAGGAGUCUGGCAUCGCCGUGCUCACCGUCAACAACCCCUCCCGCAUGAACGCCUUCUCCGGCAGUAUGAUGGUGGAUCUGGAGGAGAAGGUGAGCCAACUGGAGAACUGGACAGAUGGCAAAGGACUCAUUGUUCAGGGUGCUGCUGGUACUUUCUGCUCUGGGUCAGACCUCAACGCUGUCAGAGCAAUAUCUAACCCACAGGAUGGGAUGAAGAUGUGUAUGUUCAUGCAGAAUACUCUUACAAGACUACUAAGACUGCCUUUGAUCUCUGUAGCUCUGGUGGAGGGGAGAGCUCUGGGAGGGGGUGCAGAACUUACCACUGCCUGUGAUUUCAGAUUAAUGGCUUCUGGUAGCGUUAUCCAGUUUGUCCACAAAUACAUGGGUCUGGUUCCAGGCUGGGGCGGCGCCGCACGACUUGUCCGCAUUGUCGGAAGCCAGAAUUCACUCAAGUUGCUUGGUGGCGCUCUUAAAGUAGACCCUGAUUUUGGCCUACAGAUUGGACUGGCAGAUGGAGUCCUAACGGCCCCUCAGGUGAAGGAAGAAGCAGGGAUUCUCCUACAGCAGGCUGAAAACUGGCUCAGUCACUAUACAAAGGGGCCUGCCCCAGUGAUCCAGGCUGUGAAGCAGGUAGUAUUGUCGGGGAAAGAGCUCCCUCUGGCAGAGGCUAUGAGGACUGAGAAGGAUGUGUUUGGCACAGUAUGGGGUGGUCCGGCUAACCUGCAGGCACUGGCCAAAAAUUCCAAACACAAAUGAGCUAGCCCAAGGUUUCCAAAAGUGUCUGUUUUGUGUUUUCAGAUCUGAGAAUCUCAGAUCAGCAUGGGAUCAUUUGAAAUAUCCUGUACGGUUCAAAAAUGUGUGGAAGGUGCCACACAGAGAAUAGCCCAAUAUCACAAGUCACAAAUUUGCCUUAAGGGGCUUUACAAUCUGUACAGCAACACAACAUCUUCUGACCUCAGACCCUCGAUUUGAAUAAGGAAGAACCCCUUUAAGAAGGAAAGAGGGUGCAGAGAUUCCACCAAACCGCAACACCUGGAAGGCACCUAUUCCAUCAUAAACAUUAACCCCAUCUGCAGUCUUCUGUUCACAAAAAUGUAUAAAGGAAAUUAUCAACUGACCUAAAAAAAUUAUGUUGGUUGGUUCAUUAAUAUUAUUUAGUACAGUGUACUGUGUAUUGCUUAAAUGAUUUUCUCUUAUAUACACAUCUUCUAAUAUCUAGUCUAGUAAAGGAGUGAAUAUGCUGUUCCA